GAUUAAAGUUGAAAACACACCUGUUUAGGCCUGGAUUGGCGACAAGUACGCGUUCCGGCGACAACAGUAUUUCCUGCCACGACGUUCCAGUCGCAUCUCUUGGUCAUACGACACCAAAAACGCCCUCAAUAUACCGCAUUCCACUGGUUUUUCACGGCCAUUUUCCUGUCAAAAUCAACCUUGUUUUGAGUGAAGAUGUCGACUCAGGAUGGUUAGUUUGAUGUGGUGUGAGCAGAAUGAAGACCUGUAAUCAUGAGCUGGUCUUACUUUGAAGCAACUAGCACUGUCACCGACUAUGAUGAAAUUCAAAGGGCUGCCAAGGAGAGGGCAGAGAUUGUCGCCAGAUAUGACAAGGGCAGAGAAGAGGGUGCCCACAUUGACCCUUGGGAGGAUCCAGCAUUUGAGGUCUACCAAGUGACAGACAGAUUUGGCUUCAUUCAUGACCAUGCUCUGCCUGCCACCACAGAUGCUGCAGAAACCAAGGCUAAGACUCUCGAGAUAGAGAGAACUCAAAAAUGGUUGAAAAUGCUGAAGAACUGGGACAAAUAUUUUCCCGGUGAAAAGUUAACGAGGAGGAUCUACAAGGGAAUCCCUGACCGACUCCGGGGAGAGGUGUGGUCUCGCAUCCUGAACAUCACCAAGAUCAAGGCAGAGCAGGACGGUGUAUACAAGCGAAUGAGAGAGCGUGCCAGGAGGACGUCGACCCACAUUCGCCAGAUUGACUUGGAUGUGAACCGAACGUACAGGAACCACAUCAUGUUCAGAGAAAGAUACGGUGUCAAACAACAGGCCCUGUUCCAUGUCCUCGCAGCCUACUCAGUGUACAACACGGAACUGGGGUACUGCCAGGGCAUGAGUGAGAUCGCUGCCCUACUGCUCAUGUACCUCAAUGAAGAGGAGGCCUUUUGGGGCUUGUCCCAGCUGUUUGUCACAGAAAGACACACAGUUCAUGGCUUCUUCAUCCAUGGAUUCCCCAAACUCCUGCGAUUUCAGGAACAUCAUGAUGUUGUCUUGAAAAAGUUCCUCCCCAAAAUCCGAAAACAUCUGGAGAGGAAUGAGAUUUACCCAACACUCUACACCAUCAAGUGGUUCCUUCAGUGCUUCCUGGACAGGACUCCCUUCCACCUGACACUGCGACUGUGGGAUGUCUGGAUGUUGGAGGGGGACCGAGUGCUCACCGCCAUGUCCUACUGUAUUGUCAAGAUGCACAGAAGACGAAUUGGCCGGAUGCAGAUGGACGACCUGUUGUCCUUCUUCCAGAGCGUACUAGAAAAGGACUUCAGCUAUGAUGACGAUGUUGUUGUUGAACAGCUUCAGAUCUGUAUGGAGGAACUCAGAAAAGCCAGGAUGGAUGUCCCACCCAAACCGAAAGCUAAUGAGUCUCCUACACUUCCAUUUGGGCUUGAUAUCGAGCCCAGUAUAGAUCAGUUGAUAGGCAGGAGAACGGUAGAAUCUAUAGAUGAACAUUUCAGACGGAAUCCUAGAGGUGGGAAGGCAGCAUAUCUCCGAAAGCGCAAUUUGGGCACAAACGGUACCCCUGAAAUGUCACGCAGUCGGACUGACACCCGUUCUAUACAAUCAAGUCGGUUGUCUGAGUACUCUAUAGAUGGAUCAUCUUACUAUGAUACUGCUGGCAACUCCAGAAUGUCCUUAGUAGAUUACAGUGUGAGGACAUCCGUGCCCAGUUCACGGACCUCGUUUGCUGAUGCUUCAGAGAUGAAUAGCCUCAAUCUUGGUCACAGUACACAAACACUCGAUCGGGUGUCGGAUUUUGAUCCAGACAAAACCCCUGAGUAUGAGCAUGUAGAACCCCCCAGAAUGGCCACAUCUGAGUAUCAUCAAGGAUUUGAAGUAGUUCAUCCUAUCACAGUAGUUGAUGUUAAAGUGGAGCCCAUGGAAGCUGAAACACAGCCAUCGUCGGAAGCAUCAGACUACGACAACCUGAACGGUAUGGAGGAUUACUCCGACACAGGAACCCUCCGGCCGUCAAUGCCCCAGAGCAAGUCUGAUGGCUACAUGACGGUGCAUACUGACAGUGAAAUGGUUGUGAUGAACGGACACGAUCAAAUAUCUACCAACAUGAGACUAACCCGCACUGAAGAUAGUCUCCAUCAAAGUCACUUUUCUGACCGUACAGAUCAUCGGGAGGUUGAGCACCAGAAUGGUGUCCGGGUCGAACGUCAAAUCUCACGUCAGGUUCGAGAGACAUCCAGUACAACAAGGAGGGUGAUCCACACCAAGUCCCACAAGGAAACAGUCUUUCUUUGAACAAAUGCAUCACUACACUUAGGUUAUUUAUUCUUCAAUUAAAUGAAAGUGACGUCUUUGACAUCCACAUCAUUAGAGUGUUUUACAGAUUGGUUAGAAAUCCUUUUGUCAAUGUUUGCCAUGUCUUUUGAUACAGAAAUGUCAUCUAAAACCUCCCAAUAUUAAUAUAAUUAGGGAAUGCAUUGUGACAAAAAUCCGCUUUGCUGUCUUCAGUUGGUACCUUCCUCAUUGUCAUUUUUCAAGACAGACAUGUCAUUGUUAUGAAUUCAAGGUUACAGGUUUUGAAAACCACCAGUGAUGUGUGUAGUAUUUACAAGUACAAACCUAUUUGAUAAUAUGUACCAUUGUUUUGUAUGUGGUUUUAUAAUUAUUCAUUGAUAUGACCAAUUGUAUUGCUGUAUGUUGAAUGUAUAGGGCUUUUAGAUUGUUGAGCAAUAGAAAUGUCUUUGCUGUCACCACUGAUGUUACUCAAACUUUUACUCACAUCUGUUUUAGAGACCUUGUCUGUGAUACUGGGAUAUUUUGCUUGAUGGUCAUGUGUGCAAGAGCGACAACCUAUGCUUUAGUGUGUCCAUCUUUGUUAACAGAGAGUGUUGCUUCGUGAUUCCAUCAAAAUCACCCAUCUUUUGUACAACCAGACAUGAAUUUUACAUGAUCAAAAUGGUCUUGUUCUGUAGGUCAUGUUCAUUGUGUCACCAUGGUAACUGUUACUAUAGCAACAUUGAAUUUCCCCAGAUACCUACUUUUCAGCAGUGACUGAUGUAAGACUUUAUGUCGGAACUUUUAGCAAUGACAUAUUUUUAUUGUAGUUUGGUCUAAAAGCUUUUGGGGACAUCGUAAAGAAAACCAGUAAAAGGUAUUAGCUUUAGUAUUAAAACUGGACUUCUUUGAAAAUGGAAACUGACAUCGAUGUUGAUCUCAGUGCGAUCAUGCAUACUUGAAGUGCUACGGUCGCUUUGUUGAACACAUCAGUGGAGCAGUUCAAACAGACAAUUUUAGUUCUAUGAUCCAUAAAACUUGGACAAACUCACCAUAGUAUUAGCUCAAAGAUUGCUUUGUUGAAUUGGUCCAGGGCUAGCAACCAAGCAAUGUUAGCACCAUGAUCAUAGGUAAUACAUGUGUGUAUGCAGUAAGAUCAUUGUGUUGAACUUUGACUGGUACAGACAUCUUCGAGAUCGGAGUUCUUAUCUUGUGUUAGAUCUUACCUCAUGCGGAAGGAUCUCACACCAGAGUAGGAUUUACCUUAUGGACACCCAGAGACAUAUGUUCAUAAUAAUUUCUGUACUCUGUCCUCACUCAACACUGUCAUGUUGUUUGCACAUCAUCAUAAGUUUAACAAUGAUGUCGCUAUGAUUGAAACUUGAAUACUCUGUUUGAUUACAGUUUAUUACCAUCUUAGAUAUCACUGUGAAUUUCAAUUUAAUACCAUCUUGAUAUCUCAGUGGAUUACUCUUAUGUUAUGAUGUUACAUGAAUCUUCUGAUCAGACAGUCUCAUUCUCUUGUGUGUACAUCAUCUUGCUUCCUGAGGCACAAAUUGAGAUACAUUACGCACAUCGGAUUCAAUCUCCUUGUCUACAGCUAUCACUUUUCAUCAGUGUCACAUGGUCACCCACUCAUCUUGACCUUGACCUAUGCAACCAAUAUUUCAAGUGAAACUUACAUUGAUAUCUGCUAGUCAGGGUUGUUUGAUAUCGGGGAACAUGAACAGUAAGGACAUCCUACCAUGGUAUGCAUGGAAGGGAGAGCAUAACUUGGUAUGAGAGAAAUACAGAUUAAUUCAUCACCUGGUCUGAUUUGGUACAGCUCCCCUAAGUUUGUCCGAACAACCAGAUACUCACCACUUGUCUGAACUUCAGAACUUGAAGCUAACACAUAGAAACUCAGAGAAGCUCAGGUUACAAAAUGUUGAUCCUAGAAGUAUUAUAGCGCAUGUGAAAAUAUUAUUAUGAUGUGAAUAUUGAUUGUAAUUUUAGAUUAGCUGACGAGCUGUAAUCAUGAAGUAAAUUCAUUAGGAAUGACAUAACAUUGUAUCAGUACAGAAAUGAAUGAAUACUAUGAACAUAAAUACUCCAGAUACAUGUAGUUCUGUGUUAGAGAUAUUUUUCUUUUCAACUUGUUACUGUGUUAAUAGAGGUGGGUGCAGAUAUCACAGACACUCCAGCUCAUGGUGGUAUCACAUAGGUGUUGAGUUCUAGGUAACUGUUUUGAUUUUACAACAUUGGAGGAUAUAGUGUCCUGGUAGAGUCUGAAUACUUGACUGAUCUCAUCCCCAGGGCUCGGCACUAACAUUGUCUUCCACAUGAUCCCAAACAUUGGGGUCUUCUUCAGUCUGUACAACAUGGCUGACAGGUUAAACAGGGAUCCAACACCCUCUAAGGUGUAAUACAGGGAGAUAUAACUAUACUGGACAAACUAAGUUAGGGAUAUUUGUAUUUUUAUGAUUGAUAAUUUAUCAGUGUGUCAAUGAAUAAAAAAAUCAUUAUUCAUAAUUUCGAAAUUUAUCCCUAACUAUUUUUGUCCAGUAUAUAUGUCAAGGUGGGGAGUAACAG